GUUUAUUAAAUUCGGACCAACAAGAUUUCCACUCAUCAGACGUUUCCUAUAAAUGGAAUUUCAUUCAAUCAUUAAUCUCACUCAUUCAAUCUCUCACAACAAACAAACAAGUGCACAAAUUAAACAGAGGCAGCUGCUCCUCCGCAAUUCCAACAAAAACCAACAACAUGACACUGCAAAAGGUGGUGAUCAGGGUGUCAAUGGUGGACCAAAACAAGUCUCGCACCAAAGCCAUGAAGAUCGCUGCUACUGCUUUCGGGGUGCAGUCAGUAGCAUUGAGCGGGGACGCAAAGGAUCAAAUCGAGGUGACCGGGGAAGGAAUAGACACAGUCGAGCUCGCCAAAUUACUGAGGAAGAAAAUAGGAAGUGGAGAUUUGAUCAGCGUUGGACCGGCCGAAGCCGAAGUUAACACGGAUGAGAAAAAAGACGAAGGCGGUGUGGUUCCGUUGGUGUGGGGAUCACAGCCAUAUUAUUCUAAUUUCUAUCCUGUGGUUUAUGCUCAUGAUCACCAUCACUCCCCUUCUUGCACUCUCAUGUGAGAUACGCAAGGAUAGUCCGGUAAGCAUAGUACUGCGGAUGCGGGGUAUGGGUACGGAAAUGCGCGGUACGAAAACAGGGGAAUUUGAUAAAUUUUAGAAAACGUGGAUAUAUUCAGAUCUGAAGAAAUUCGACAAAUAUUAAUAUAUUAAAAAUAUAUAUUGUGCAUGUAAUUCGGAAUUAUAUUU